AUGGCGCAGAUCGUUGACAACGUCGCGGUCGGGACGACCCCGAUCGAGUACCGACGGGUCCCGUGCCCGAGAGAGGGGCCGGCGGUGGUCGGCGUCGUCGGGAACCCCUACUGGCUGGAGAUCUCGGUGAUGAACUUAGCGCAUUGGGGAUCGUACGACGCCAUGCGCGUGAAGGAUGCCGGCGGCGUUUGGAAGGACCUGAAGAGAGACUGGGGGACGAACUUCGUCGUGAACGAGCAGCUCCGGGGCAACAUCAGCGUGCAGAUAUCGGACUCCGAAUCCGGAGAUAUGGUCACCCUGGAAGACUGCAUCCCAGAGGGCUGGACGACGGGGAACUCCUUCGCGUGCCAAGUCAAUUACGAUGACGGCAGCAAGGUCGCGACAUCGGACACCGGAGGCACCCUCCCAAUCGUUGACAACGUCGCGGUCGGGACGACCCCGAUCGAGUACCGACGGGUCCCGUGCCCGAGAGAGGGGCCGGCGGUGGUCGGCGUCGUCGGAAACCCUUACUGGCUGGAGAUUUCGGUGAUGAACUUGGCGCAUUGGGGAUCAUACGACGCCAUGCGCGUGAAGGAUGCCGGCGGCGUUUGGAAGGACCUGAAGAGAGACUGGGGGACGAACUUCGUCGUGAACGAGCAGCUCCGGGGCAACAUCAGCGUGCAGAUAUCGGACUCCGAAUCCGGAGAUAUGGUCACCCUGGAAGACUGCAUCCCGGAGGGAUGGACGACGGGGAACUCCUUCGCGUGCCGAGCCAAUUACGAUGACGGCAGCAAGAACCUAUGA